AUGUCUCAACUUUCUCGAUUUUCAGAUGCCGGUCCCUCGUCAUUUCUUGGGAGUGAUAUUCCUGACGAUUUUACAUCAUAUUCUACGACAACGCCCGCUACCUCUCUUGCACAAGAUCAACCAGCAAUCUCCUUCGAGUCCUUUCUAUCUACGACCGACACAGGCCCUCCUAUCCCCGAAUCGUUACAACUGGUAGGGCCUGAUAGGAGAAAGUCCUGGGUUCUUUGGUCUGAAAUGAAUAAGGAUGAUUUUAUCAGUUGGUGGAUGGGGACACAAUUCCCAAAGUGCUAUCCAAACAAAAAAAUCAAUUGGGAGGCCAAAAAACAGUCAUCAUGCUGGAACAACUAUGACCAGGUGGCUAAUCAUCUAACAGGAGACCCUCAAGUCAUGUGUAAACGAUGCGGGAAGACCCUUCCUCAUCCACAGAAGACAUCAAAUGGUACGAAUUCUAUGAAACGACAUUUGAGUGGAGCAAAGUGCGUGAAAGCAGCAUUUGAUACUACUCGGCAACAGAACAUCCAAGAAUCCCUCCAAUUCGCAACAAUAAAAGUAUUCAAUGACGAAGAUUGGACUCAAACUCAAAUCGAACUGAUUGCGAAUUCACACCUCCCAUUCCAAUUUCUCGCACACAAAGGCCUUGUCAAUCUAAUUCAAUAUGCCCGUCUGGCUCCCACUAUGCCGAAUCUACUCUCGCCAACUACCGCUCGGCGUCAGCUUGGACUUCAAGUCAAGAGGAGACAAGCAGAAAUUCUGUCCCAUCUCCCACCUGGUGCAAAGAUCUCAGUAGCUCUUGAUUGUUGGACCUCACCUUUCCAGCAAGCGUUUAUGGCAAUAACUGGAUAUUUUAUCGACAAGAAUUGGCAGUAUCGUGAGAUUCUUCUAGGGUUUGAGCCUCUCUAUGAUCGGCAUACCGGUAUAAAUCUUAGUGCGGUUUUAUUAGAGACACUUCAGCAACAUGACUUAGUUGACCGUGUACUGGCAUUGACAACUGACAAUGCUUCGAAUAACAAAACCCUACUACGGGCAUUCAAUGACGCAAUCGAGUCCCCAGAUAUCCCAGAGGAGCUUCGUCUUGUACGCAUACCCUGUCUGGCUCAUGUUAUCCAACUUAGUCUCAAGGACUUGUUAUGCCUUAUGAAAGUGAAUCCAAAAAAUGAUAAUCCGGACCGAGCCUGGUCAGAUGAAGAAGCAGAGCGACUACGGCAAAUCCGGAGAGAAAAGGGCAUCAGUUAUACACUAGCCAAAAUACGUGGCUUGGCUGUUUUUAUCAAUGCUAGCCCCCAAAGACGCACAGCAUUCCUCGGCCUCCAAGCCAAAGAACCAAAGCUAGUACCAAUACAAGAUGUGAGAACACGAUGGAACUCCACAUUCUUGAUGUUGCGUCGUGCGAAACGUCUUCAAGCGAUUUUUGACAGAUACUGUAUCGAGCAUAAUCAUACACAAUUUCGACUCAAUGCGGAGGAAUGGCGUCAGGUUGACUACUUAAUCUGUAUUACUCAUCCCUUUUACCAGUGGACUACAGCACUUUCGAAGGUCAAGGAUGUAACAGUCCAUAACAUCUUUCGAGUAUACAAUCUACUCUUCGAUCACUUUGAGAGCUCGAUGCGCCAGCUUCGACGGAAGCGAGUACCCUGGAAGCAAGAAAUGCUUACUGCACUCGAUGCUGGUAUGGAAAAGCUGAAAGCUUAUUAUAAUGAUACACAGGAGAUCCAUGGUAAUCUCUAUGCGAUUGGAACGAUCCUUGCUCCACAGUAUAAAUUACAGUUCUUUUCAACAUCAGAAUGGGCAGAUAAUGAUUUUGAGUGGCGCCAGACAUACCAUGAUUUUCUAAAGGAUUAUCUCGAGCAUUACUCUAAAGACCAGUCACAAUCACAGGUCUCUUUGCUAAACACAUCGUCUGCUUCAAGAGUCGACGAAAUUGAAAGGCUAUUUGACUGUGGGUCGCGCCGAAUGACACAGACACCGGCAAAGGCUACUACAAAUGAGCUCCAAGAAUAUCUUGAUAGUGGGACUGUGAAGAAGAAACCAUGUGAUUUCUGGAAAGAGAUGGAGGAUGAGUAUCCUACACUUGCUAGAGUCGCUCGGGAUAUUUUCUCAAUUCCUGCUACAGGUGCAGGAGUUGAACGACUCUUCAACUCCGCUCGAGAUAUCUGCCACUAUCGACGAGGAUCUCUGAACUCUACUACAAUUCAGGAUCUGAUGAUGUUCCGGUGUAUUUCCAAGUUCGAUAUCAAAGUGGAGGAUGAUAGGGAGGAUAUUGAUAUUCCACUAGAAGAUCGACAGCAAAAAGAUGAGGCUCGAGAGGCUGAGCUUCAAGACAUUGUACCUGAUCCUAUUAGUGAUCAUGAAGAAAGUGAUAGUGAGGAAAAUGAUGGCGAGGAAAAUAAUGGCGAGGAAGUGAUUCAGCUGACUGAAGUAGUAGAGGAGGCAACAACAGUUUCUAACCCUACUAUGAUAAAUAAGAAGGGCAACGCGUUACCACAACCCAGUAAGCGUGCACUCGGAAAGAGAAGGAUGAUCUCAGUAGAGGAACACACCGACGAUGAAGCACUUCCAGGAACCGGCGAUCGAGCAUCACGAAGAGUACGGGCACGGUUAGGGAGAAAAGAUGAUGGCUUUGACUAUUACUAA